AUGGCGCUGCGGCUGCUGUCCCACCCGUCGCUCACGGCGGCGCAGCUCCGGCAGCUCCACGGCCACCUCCUCACCUCCUCCCUCCUCGGCGACCGCUACCUCCCAAACAUCCUCCUCCGCGGCCUCCUCCCGGACGCCCCUCUCCGCGCCCUCGCCCUCUUCCCCCGCCUCCGCCGCAUCCUCCCCGCAUUCCUCCCCAACAACUACACCUUCUCCUUCCUCCUCACCGCCUCUAUCGCCACAGCCAUCCCCAUUCCCUCGCCGUCGUUCACCUCCUCGGCCCACACGCAGCUCAUCUGCGCGUUGCACGCGCUCGCCGUGACGCUCGGCUGGGACGCGCACGCUUACGUCUCCAACGGCUUCAUCCACGCCUACGCCUCCCGCGGCUUCCUAGACGCCGCGCGCCGCGUCUUCGACACUGCCGUCCUCGCCCGUACGGACGACGUCUGCUCCUGGACCUCGCUUCUCACGGCCUACGCCAGGGCCGGGCACAUGGACGACGCACGCUCCCUGUUCGAUGGAAUGCCGCACAAGACGCCCAUCGCCUGGAGCGCCAUGCUCAGCGCCCACGUCGGGGCAGGCGGCUUCGUGGAUGCGCUCGAGGUGUUCGACAUGAUGCUCAGUGCUCGUAUCCGGCCCAACAGGGCGGCUAUCGUUGGCGCACUGGCUGCAUGCGGUGGGCUCGGGGCGCUGGAGCAGGGCCGGUGGGUGCACGCUCUCAUCACCGCUACCACCGGUAGGAUGGAUGCGGGGGUGGCUACUGCGCUGGUGGACAUGUAUGCUAAGUGCGGGAACCUAGACUCGGCAAGGCAGGUGUUCGCAGCCAUGCCGGAGCCCGAGCGCGACGUGUUUGCUUACACGGCCAUGAUCUCGGGGCUCUCGGACCACGGUCACUGCCAGGAGGCCGUUGAGCUGUUCGGCCAGAUGCAGGACCAGGGGGUGCGCCCCAACGAGGUCACCUUCAUCUGCGUCCUCUGCACUUGUGCCCGUGCCGGCGGCGGGCUUGUCAGCGUCGCUAGGGAGAUCUUCCAGAGCAUGUCUGCCGUCCACGGCAUCGAGCCCGGCGUGGAGCACUAUGGGAGCCUGGUCGACGUGCUCGGCCGUGCCGGGAUGCUUGCGGAGGCCGCGGCUGUGGUGCGGGCAAUGCCGAUGCGGCCCGACUCAUACGUGCUAGGUGCGCUGCUCAAUGCAUGCCGGGUGCACGGUGGUGACGGCGUGAAGCUCGGAAAGCAGGUUGUGGAGUGGCUAGCGGAACUUGGGCUCGACCACAGCGGCGUGCACGUGCAGCUGUCCAACAUGUACGCCUGCUCCAGCAAGUGGGAGGACGUGGUAAGGAUCCGGUCGGUGAUGGAGGAGAAGAAGGUGGCCAAAGUGCCCGGCUGCAGCAUGGUCGAGGUCGAUGGCGUCGCUUGCGAGUUUGUUGCUGGCGACCGCUUCCUUGAUCCGUGCAUCAACACCGUCGUCAGAGGGCUCGAUCAGCAGCUCAGGCUGCUUGGCCAUGACUACCGUCACCUCGAGGAGCUAUCCAACUUGGCGUAG